AUGUCCCUCUUUGCAACUUUCUGUCCUGCCCAUGAUUCGACCCACUAUACAUGCUUUUUCACACUCUGUCCCCAUUCCAUCAUGUUGAGUGGCAUGGCAUGGGUGUCUGCGAAGUUAGCACAAGCUGUUGCUGCUGUAUCUCCUGCUAAGACCAUCCAUGUGCCAGAUCAUAUCCUCAUAGACUGCACACCCACCAGCAGAUGCACAGCCCACACCUCAAUGGGCAUGACCAGCUCGAUUAGAUGUCAACAGGCUCAACUCGAAAUCACUAUGAUUCUAUUUGGAUCUGAGGAGUCAUGCAAGGUUAGAGGAGGUGGAGAGGUUAUGGAUAGUGCCAUGGAGAACAUGGUCCAACUGACAAGUUCCAGACAGACAAUGAGUACAGGUACUGGUCUUAUGUCAAAACCCAUGCCGCCCAUGUGGUUCUCUCCCAAGGGUCCCUGGCAGGAGGCUGUGGACAUACUACAUUGGUCCUACACAGAUUGGCUGCUCACCCAUCCCCAACCAAUUCAGCUGCCUUUUAGUCAGGAGGAGUGUCAGGAACCAUUGAGACUACUCAAUGAUCCAAGUCAGCAAUCCACUCUUUCAUACACAUGCAUGGUCACUUGCAUUCUUCUACAUGCCAUCUGCAUUAUCCUCAGUGCCUCUGUCACACUUAUCUCAUUCCUGGGACUGGAUGGUAUCACACACAUUGGAGGUCUGGUUGCCAUUUCAUGUUCCAUUCUGAGCAUGUAUAAAGCAGAGUUGCUGCAGGGUUCUGCAGCUGUUCAUCAUGCAGCUGCUGCCCAUGAAGGAUUCAUAUUUCUCCUGAAAGAAAGCAAGAAAAAAGCUCCUGAAAGUUAUUCACUUGUGAAUUUGUACUGCAUCAACAUCAAUCCCCAGAAUGCAUGGUUGAUUACAUAUCAAAAGGGACUAAGGAGAAUAAAGGGAGGCUUGCAAAGGUUCACAACCAUCUUGCCUGCUUAUGAUGCCUUCAACUCUGAUGCCAAGGAUGGAGGUCCUGAAGACUUCAACCCUGAUGAAGGGACAAACAAUACUGACUUGGAAGACCUGGACAGUGAUGCUGAACAGCACAGGCAACUUACUCAUGUUCCCAGACCUCAAGCUGAUGUUGCUGAGCUCCUUUUCCCAGCAGCUCCAAAUCCCAAUACUGAUCAAUGCAAUCCAGCAUGGUGGAAAUCACAGGAUGGGAAGCUCAAGGGCACUCUGACUGAGCUUUAUGAGAUGAUUCCUGCAGAUUUACAUGAGUCAAUGGUAACCUACAAGCAAUUUGGCUCCAUGUUUGUACAAGUGCAUGGUCAGGAGAGAUCCAAUGUCCUCAAAGUCAUCAAGGACUGUGCUGGCAUGUUAUUCACCCCAUAUAACAUUUCACCUGAAUCUCUUUACUGGAAAGCCUGCUUAGUCCCUGUCCUAGUUAAGGUUAUCUGUGUCCUGAUGUUUGGAAAAUCGAUCCUUGCAGAAAACAAAUGUGGAUGGCCCCCAGCCAGGGGUCAGAAGAUGGGCAUGCUGAGUGUUACUGAGGGCCUGAUUGCUGGUGCCUGCAUCUUGGUGAGGGUGUCCAUGGUCACUGUGCUAGUACAUGCUGACAUCAAUAUCAUACCAAGGUCAACUACUGAUCAGAAUAUGAUUUCUACCUCAAGAAGCUUUUCAAAGCAUCUCCUUGGGCUGAAGUCUUCAGGAAGGGGUCUCAAUUGGCAAAUGUUGAAUCUGAGGUAUUUGUGA